AUGUAUCGACUUCUCAUCCCUUCUAGUACGCUCCCCACGUCCGGGGCUGCUCGCUCAGGCUCGAUGAGAACCUUCGUCUCCGCCGCGGGAUCUGACAACUUCGUACGCUCCGCUCGGCGGUACAAGAUCACGCGUCCACGAAACGCAAAGAAGGGCCCUUCAUCAGUCCGCAGACCCACCAUGCCUGCGCCAUCUAUCACCAACGCCAAGAUGCGGACUGCGCACUCUCCCAGCUCUUCGCCCACCGCGGAACAUGCUGCGACGCAGGCUGUGGCUGAAAGAGGCCUUCAAGGCAUGGAUGCUACUCUGCCAGUACUCACAUCGAUCCACGCCAAUCUCCAGCUCGCCAGCCGGAAACUGCAAGACGACCUGGACGGUUCUGUGCCAGACUAUCCGCGCUGGCCUAUGGAACCAUUCAUACGAAUCUACGACAGGCCACUGUGCGCCAUCGACAGCCUUGAUCGCGCGUUAGAAAACGUCGAAAGGGCGAUCGAGAACGCUACGGAAGCCAGGUCAGCAUGGGACCAGAUCCUGGAUGCCUGCGAAGCGGGAUCUGCGGCGGAAUCUGCGGGCCAGGCCACAACACUUGAACUCAAGCACAUGACUCAAGAACUGAUCGACCAGAUCAGCAACGACUUCAGGUUCGCAGCCACUGCCCACAUCUUGCUGGACAAUCUGGGGCGGCUUGCCAGCGACGCAGGCCCAGACAAGGCAACGGUCCGGGGUAAAUGGAGGGAGGAGAGCAAUUUGGACUCAGUAGUCAGUCUGCUUAGGGCGGUAACAAAGGACCUGGACAACAUAGUCACAGUCGAUGUGGAGGACGAGACAGGAGUUUGGAGCUCUGUGGUAACAUACGAGGCAUAG